AUGUUGCUUACGUUAAAGGCCAAGCUGCUGAGGUUCCUGCUUACCAGGACGUGGAUUAAAGGACACGGAACUGUGGAGCCGACAUCAGUGGAAUACAUUGACAUAUCAGUCCCGAAUCCAAUCGAUGCACUCCUAAAAAAUCCAAACGCUGAAUGCUCCUACAAGGCUCUUCCUACAAGAAUCUUGAUCUUUUUUCCAGAGAAUUACAACAAGCUGAGACAAGAAUCUUGGCCUGUGCACAUUGACCUCCAUGGUGGUGGCUUCUUUGCAGGAGUCGCAGAGCAGGAUUCAACACAGUGUAAACUGAUUGCCGACAAGGCUAACUGCAUCAUCAUAUCUGUUGAUUAUGUGAAGGCUCCAGAGUACCCAUUUCCAGCUGCUGCAGAACAAGUGUUUUCUGUCUUCAAGUGGCUAGUUGAUGAGCACCGACCAGACGGUGGAGUGAAGUUGUUGAAUGUGGACGUUGGUAGAGUCACUGUUGGAGGAUGGUCUGCUGGUGCAAAUCUAGGCUCAGUGAUGUGUAUAAUGGCACAUGACAGACCCCACUUGUACAAUUCAAACGCCAGAAUCUUGCUUCAGAUCCCUGUAUACCCGCCACCAGAUCUAUACGAGUCAUACGCAGACCGAAUGAAUCUAUACGACAAGGAAUCAGAUCUCUUCAAGAAGUCAAUACCGAUUCCUAUUGCUUUAUUUAUGUUGAAGUGCUACAAUCCCCGUGGACAGACACGAGCAGAAGCCAAAGCACUAAAUCAACAUCCGUAUAUGAGUCCUGUAUACGCAAGUGAGGCGCAAUUAAGAUUUGUGCCUAAUGCUCUGGUGCUGAAUGGAGAAUGGGACGUGUUGGGGGAUUGGGGAGUCGUUUAUGCUGAGACUUUGAAGAAGGCUGGUGUCCAUGUUGUCACUAAACGAUAUCCAAAAGCCGUGCAUGGAUGGAAUGGCAAACCAAAAGGAGACCCAGAUCACAAUUCAACAGUUACAGAGGACACGUAUCGAAUCAUGAUAGAAGAGCUUCGAAGGGUGUUCCAACGUAAAGGUGUAUAA